GCAGGAGCAUCAGAAGAAAUUUAGGAAACAUCAUACGAGAAGUGAAUUCAGUCUCUGAAAGUGUUAAAUAAAAAAGUGGACAAUGGAUAAUUUAAUCAAUUAACAGUUUAUAAUAAAAUUUCGACAAGAAAACAAUCGUCCAGUGUCGUGUGUGGUAUCAAAAACUUUAUCUUUUGUUUCAUAAUAAAAAUGGCACCUCUAAGCCCCUUAGCGUACAAGUAUGAAGAUUAUUACUCAUCUGAUGAGGUCAGUGACUCAAUAGACGAUGAGCCACCUCCUAAGCGACAAAGAGCAUCUACUUUUGUGAAAUCAGAAUCAGAAAUUUCCGAAAAACUCGUCAGAGGGCGAAAACCCUCAAAAACACCUUGCCCCAACAAAACCGCAGAACUGGCCCGUAAAAUUCGGGAGAGGAAGAAGCAGCAUCUUGAGGGCCUCGAAGGGCAAGUCAAAUGCCUCAAAGAACUGAAUGAUGGUUACCGAAGCAUUAUCCAAGAACAAAGUGCCAACGGGAGGAGACUGCAGGCUGAAGUGAAUUACCUGAAAAGUGUUUUACACAAGAAACGAGGCAUCGCCAACUUUUUGGGAUCAUUAAACGAAAAUCUGAAGAGCAGGCCGAAUGAAGAAGAGACGAGCUCAAGUCGAAAUGAAAGGGUCAUUCGCGCAAAGGAGGAAUUCUCCAAGAAGAGAAUUUUUGAAGAUAUUAAAAUUGAGCCAAACAAUGGAUUUCAGGCCGGAAGUUAUGAAGCCUUGGCUGAAUUUGAUAAUUAUGCAGAGGAAGAUCCACUUCUUGGUUUGAAGUCAGAAAGUUUCGACAUUCAACUACCAUUGACACCUCUUAGUUUAGAGGACAAUUGUGAGAAGUAUCAGGCUCUUCAGCACGAUUUAAGUAUAGUGCCACCGAACCUGCUUCCAAGUGACAAUUUUGACAUUGUUGCAUAUUUUUCCGGGCUAGAUGAUGAAGCCGACGCACUCGAUUUUCAGAACCAGCCUAUUCCCUUCAAGGAGGAAAAUUAUUUUGACAAUUCGAACAUGGACAUCAAGACGGCUGCAGCUUAGUCCCUAGUUCCUUAAAUGAAUGGUGUAAUGCAGUAAUAUUAUAAUAUUUAUUUUGAAAAUUUCAUGAAAUUGUGAGAUCGUUCAAAAAAUUAAUCAAGUUUCUACGCUUGCGUCACAAAUUGCAAAUUUCCGUAUAAUGGGCGUCGUGAUAAUGGCGACUCAUUCAAAUGUAGUAUUCUAAACUGGCAUUUGCAAAUAAUUUUAGAUAAGUAGUAGUACUAGAAAUUAAAAUGCGAGUGUGUUUAUCAACGUUUAGAUCAUGCCCUCUUAAAUAAUUUUUUCUCUCUUUAUAUAACCAUAUUUUUCUGUGAAAAAAAGGAUUCAGGAAAACUAAUUCAAGGUUCUCUGAGAAUUUGGGAACCUAGAAUAAAAAAUUCAUAGUAUGUUGAUAAAGUUUUGGAAAUUCGGGAAAAAUCAUAAUAUUUUUUUCCAAGAAUAAUGACUUCUCUUUGAUUUAUUUAUCUUUUUUGUAUUGUUUCUUACAGAAGCCUUCAAUUACUAAGGCUUGAAAUUAUUGUUUUCAAUUUUAUAUUCUCCCAUUUUUGACCACUUCAAUCAAAUGUACAAUUGAGAUGACGGAUGCAACAAGUCGACAAGCGCUCGAAACUGCGUAGAAAUAUUGUCCAGCCGGGAAAAUCUAUCGAUAAGAAAAAAGUGGUCGAAACGUAAAACAAAAUAUACAUUCGUAUUCAGCUUGAUGCGGCAGACAAAUUUUGUAUGCAACUUUCUCAUUUAACAAUUAUUACAUAAGAUAAACAAUAAAAACUUAGAAAAUUUGCCGAUCAAAAAUCGAUAUUUUGUAAAACAAAAAUCGGGAUUAUUCGGCCGUUUGUUGAUAAAAAUGCUUGAAAUUUGUAUAGUGUACUCUCAAUAUAUAAGCGAUGACUAUUAACAACAAAUACCCACCGAAACUUUCCGAAAAUUUGUUAAUAGCAAAUUGAUUACGAACAAAAACCACAGUUCGCCAACUUCGACCAGUGGGAUAGUCAUCCAAAAAAUAUAUUAUUUGAAAUAACUUGCCGCGAUAAAGUUGUUCACUAGACUUUGAGAAAGUUUUUCUGAAAAUUUAAAGAGAAUUGGUCAAAAAUUGAAGAAAUGGCGGCAAACACGCUGCCGCUGGAGCAUUUUGCUGCUCUUUGCCGCUGCUGGCUAAUUGCUGAGGAACAAAGGCCAAUAGCAGAUCGCUGCCAUUUCCACAAUUUUCGACCGACUUUCUUUAAAGUUUCAGAAAAACUUUUUCAAAGUCUAGUGAACAACUUUCUCGCGAUAAGUUACUUCAACUAACAUUUUUUCGAUGACCGUCCCACUGGUCGAAGUUGGCAAAACGUAUUUUUCGUUCGAAAUUCAUCUGUUAUUAAACAAACAAAAAAAUAUUAGUUUUUCAAACAAAGUGCGUUAUUUAAAGUCAUCGCUUACACAUUGAGAAUACAUCAUACAAAUUUUAAACAUUUUCAUCAACAAACGGCCGAAUAAUCGCGAGUUGUGUUUGAUAAAACAUCGAUUUUCGAUCGGAAAAUUUUCUAAGUUCUUAUUGU